ACAGGAGUUGUGAAGCUCGAUCCAUGGUUGUCCCCCUUCCAGGACUCGUUGAAGAGUCGCUAUGCCAAGGCGCAGGAAUGGAUCAAGCGAAUCAACGAGACGGAAGGGGGCCUUGAUAAGUUCAGCAAGGGAACGGAUCUCUUCGGUUUGCGCGUGAAAGAAGAUGGCACCAUUGUCUACAGAGAAUGGGCGCCCAAUGCGGUUCAGGCUUCGCUCAUCGGCGACUUCAACCAGUGGGACAGAAAGACCCAUCCUAUGAAGAAGAACGAGUACGGGGUUUUCGAGCUCACGGUGCCCCCCGCCGCGGACGGGAAGCCGGCGAUCCCCCACAAUUCCAAGAUCAAGAUAUCACUCGAGCUACCGACAGGGGAAUGGGUCGAUCGGCUCCCAGCAUGGAUCAAAUACGUGACGCAGGAUCUCUCGGUCUCACCGGCGUACGAUGCCCGGUUCUGGAACCCCCCGGCUGAAGCCCAGUACAAGUUCAAGCACCAGCGGCCCAAGAGGCCGGCGAGCCUGCGCAUCUAUGAGGCUCACGUCGGUAUUUCGUCGCCCGAACUGCGCGUCACUACUUACAAGGAAUUCACCAAGAACAUGCUCUCGCGCAUCAAGAGCUUGGGCUACAACGCAAUCCAGCUCAUGGCCAUCAUGGAGCACGCCUACUACGCCAGCUUCGGCUACCAGGUGAACAACUUCUUUGCUGCCAGCAGCCGGUACGGCGAGCCCGAGGAUCUGAAGGAACUGGUCGACGUGGCGCACAGCUUGGGCUUGGUCGUCCUGCUCGAUGUUGUGCACAGCCAUGCAUCCAAGAACGUGCUAGACGGGUUGAACCAGUUUGACGGGACCGAGCACCAGUAUUUCCACGAGGGCGCGCGGGGUAGGCAUGAGCUCUGGGACAGCAGGCUCUUCAACUAUGGCCAUCACGAGGUCAUGCGGUUCCUGCUCAGCAAUCUGCGCUUUUGGAUGGACGAGUACCAUUUUGACGGGUUUCGCUUUGACGGAGUGACGAGCAUGCUCUACCUGCAUCACGGCAUUGGGACUGGCUUUUCCGGCGGCUACCAUGAGUAUUUUGGUGCCAGUGUCGAUGAGGAGGCGGUGGUCUACCUCAUGUUGGCCAACGAGAUGCUCCAUGGGCUAUAUCCGGACGUUAUCACGGUUGCCGAGGACGUCUCGGGCAUGCCAGCGCUAUGUCUUCCACUGUCGCUAGGAGGUGUCGGGUUCGACUACAGGCUUGCCAUGGCCAUCCCCGACAUGUGGAUCAAGAUCCUGAAGGAGAAGAAGGACGAGGAGUGGGACAUUGGCAACAUCUGCUUCACCCUGACUAACCGCCGUCACGGAGAAAAGACGAUUGCAUACGCGGAGAGUCACGAUCAAGCACUCGUUGGCGACAAGACUCUCAUGAUGCACCUCUGCGACGCUGAAUUGUACACCAACAUGUCUGUCCUCUCGCCUCUGACCCCGGUGAUCGACCGCGGCAUGGCGCUGCACAAGAUGAUCCGCCUCCUGACGCAUGGACUGGGCGGCGAGGGAUGGCUUAACUUCGAGGGCAACGAGUUCGGCCACCCAGAGUGGCUGGACUUCCCCCGCGAAGGCAACCAAAACUCGUUUUGGUACGCUCGCCGCCAGCUAAACCUCACGGAGGACCACCUCCUGCGGUACCAGUUCCUCAACAACUUUGACCGCUCCAUGAACCUGUGCGAGGAGAAGUACGGCUGGCUGCAUGCGCCGCAGGCCUACAUCUCGCUCAAGCACGAGGGCGACAAGGUCAUUGUAUUUGAGCGCGCCGGGCUGGUUUUUGUCUUCAACUUCCACCCGACGAACAGCUUCACGGACUACCGCAUUGGCAUCGAGGUCCCUGGCACCUACCGCAUUGUUCUGGACACCGACACGAAGGACCACGGUGGCUUCUGCCGGCUUGAUGAGAGCACCCGCUUCUUCACGGAGCCGCUUGAGUGGAACGGCAGGAAGAACUGCACACAUCCUCGAACUUUUCGAAGUCCCGGCAUUUCCGCCUUCGCCCGGACAGCCCGUCCUUCCUUCGCGGCGGCGACUCGUCGCGCCGUCCGCCCAGCGAGCCUCAGCCUCAGAGCCCCGAUCUUCAGCAGGUUCGCCAGCACUGCGGGUGUUGGUGACGGCAAGAUCUACCAGGUCAUCGGUGCCGUCGUCGAUGUCAAGUUCGACACCGAGAAGCUCCCCCCCAUUCUCAAUGCUCUUGAGACUACCAACAAUGGCCAGAAGCUCGUGCUCGAGGUCGCCCAACAUCUUGGCGAGAACGUCGUGAGGUGUAUUGCCAUGGACGGUACCGAGGGUCUGGUCCGUGGUGCCAAGGCUUCCGAUACGACUGACACAGAAAUUCCAUACAGCGUCGGCCCUGCCACUCUCGGCCGUAUCAUGAACGUCACUGGUGACCCGAUCGACGAGCGGGGGCCCAUCAAGACUGACAAGAGGUUGCCCAUUCACGCCGAGGCUCCCGAGUUCAUUGACCAGUCGACGACCGCUGAGAUUCUGGUUACGGGUAUCAAGGUCGUCGAUCUGCUCGCCCCCUACGCCCGUGGUGGAAAGAUCGGCCUCUUCGGUGGUGCUGGUGUCGGCAAGACUGUGUUCAUCCAGGAGCUCAUCAACAACAUCGCCAAGGCUCACGGUGGUUACUCCGUCUUCACUGGUGUCGGCGAGCGUACCCGUGAGGGUAACGAUCUGUACCACGAAAUGCAGGAGACCUCCGUCAUUCAGCUCGACGGCGAGUCAAAGGUCGCGCUUGUCUUCGGCCAGAUGAACGAGCCCCCCGGAGCCCGUGCCCGUGUCGCCCUUACUGGACUUACGGUCGCUGAGUACUUCCGCGAUGUCGAGGGACAGGAUGUGCUUCUCUUCAUCGACAACAUCUUCCGUUUCACCCAGGCCGGUUCCGAGGUGUCUGCCCUUCUGGGUCGUAUCCCGUCUGCCGUCGGUUACCAGCCCACUCUCGCCGUCGACAUGGGUGGUAUGCAGGAGCGUAUCACCACCACCAAGAAGGGUUCCAUUACCUCGGUCCAGGCCGUGUACGUGCCUGCUGAUGAUCUGACGGAUCCUGCGCCCGCCACCACCUUCGCUCACUUGGACGCCACCACUGUGCUGUCCCGUGGUAUCUCCGAGUUGGGUAUCUACCCCGCCGUCGACCCGCUUGACUCCAAGUCGCGUAUGCUCGACCCCCGCAUUGUCGGCCAGGAGCACUACGAGGUUGCCACGCGCGUCCAGCAGAUCCUCCAGGAGUACAAGUCGCUGCAGGAUAUCAUUGCCAUUCUGGGUAUGGACGAGCUGUCGGAAGCCGACAAGCUUACCGUCGAGCGCGCCCGUAAGAUCCAGCGUUUCCUGAGCCAGCCCUUCACUGUGGCCCAGGUCUUCACUGGUAUCGAGGGUAAGCUGGUCGACCUCAAGGACACGAUCGCCUCGUUCAAGGCUAUCCUCAACGGCGAGGGUGACGACCUGCCCGAGGGUGCUUUCUACAUGGUUGGUGACUUCGCGUCGGCGCGGGAGAAGGGUGAGAAGAUUCUGGCGGAGCUCGAGAAGAGCUCUUAA